AUGUUAUUGAAGGUAAAGACUUUAACUGGUAAAGAGAUUCCAAUUGAGGUCGAGCCUGAAUAUCGUGUUUAUCGCAUAAAAGAGCUGUUAGAAGAGAAAGAAGGAAUUCCUCCAGCUCAACAAAGAUUAAUCUUCCAAGGUAAACAAAUAGAUGAUGAGCAUACCGUGUCGGCUGCAAAACUGUCUCAUGGAAUGCAGCUUCACUUAGUUCUUACUCUUCGUGGGGGUUGUUAA